CGCCUGUAUUUAGAAGGUUGAUUUUUAUCGCUUUUGCUGGGCGACAUUGUGGGAGACAUCUGUCACUCUCUGCAUACAAAUUUCAUUACCCCGCACCAGCCCUCCUCGAUUUUUAUACCGGAGCCCCCGGAAGAGAAAUGUCAAGUCGAGAAAUGUCAUUUUGCUCUGAACAACUUAACCUUGUCAUUUAUAACACCUUGCUUUAGCUGGGCGACAUUGUGGGAGACAUCUGUCACUCUCUGCAUACAAAUUUCAUUAUCUCGCACCAGACCUCCCCGAUUUUUAUACCGGAGCUCCCGGAAUAGUUAUGUCAAGUCGAGAAAUGUCAUUUUGGUCAGAACAACUUCACCUUGUCAUUUUCAAUCGAUUUUCGAAAACACCUUGGUUUUAACCUGCCGAAAACUACCGAUUAAAUUUUGAUACGCCUACCUAAAACCGCCAAAACAAUCUGGCCACACUGCUUGACAGACGCUUCUUUCGCUAAACGUCAAACGGCAAACGUCAAAUGGGAUUGUGUACAAAACAAAGCUAUCGUCCUCGCAAAAAGGUCCACUUUCUGGGAAAAGGGAAAGUAGUUUGUCGCUGCAUUACACCCGAGGAUUGAUUUAAAGAGCGCUUCGCCACGGGAUGGAGGUGGAUGAUACGAACGAGUCGAAACGCAAAAUACCAGCCUACUACUACUUGCAGCCAUCGAAGAAUGGCGACGAAGAAGCGGAGGAGGAACUGUACGAUUCCAACGGGACACACAUCACCUCCGACUACCUGAACGAUAUCGUAGCCGAAACCAUGUCGGACCGGUACACGGUCGUCCAGGACUCCCCCUCCGACAAAUGCCCACACUACAAGUGUAACGAGUGUGAAAAGCUGCUGCCCAACACGGGCCACCUGAUAGCGCACAUGGUGGUGCACACCGGGGAAAAUCCGUACGUAUGCAGCCUCUGCCAGCGUUCGUUCGCCAACUCGACACGGCUCAAGCUGCACCUGAAGGUGCACUGCAUCAAAAAGCUUCACCCCGGGUUGACGGUAACGCGCAUAACGAAAACCGUACCAGCGACCCCCUCCAUACCGAGCACGAACAUGGAGGUGGAUGUGGAUCAAACGUCACCCACGGUAAAGGUGGCCACCUUCCGCUGCAUCGAGUGCGAAGAGAUACUCCCGAAGGACACGCUUUACCGGCACAUGAAGCAGCACCUGCACGAUAAGAACAUUUUCGCCCAAAAGCCGCACCAAUGCAACCGAUGUGGGGAUGCGUUUGCGAAGGCUUCGACACUGGAGAGCCACCAGGAAAGCUGCCAAGCGUCCCCAAUAAAGGUGUCCUCGGAAGUGGAUCUGGUGCCAAUCAACAAGCAGGAGCCUUGUUCGAGUUUAAAGAAGCAGAUCGAAGCGAAUCCCAUCCUGUCGGGGUUGCUGUUACGCGAGCAAAAGGAACCGCCCAUCUCCGUCACGACGAUCGAGCUAGAACAGGCAGAGGAGCAAACUCGCGUUAAGGUGGAAGAAGAUUCCUCCAAGACUGAUGAGCUACACAAUCUGCUUAAAACGGAGCUAGACCAGCUGGAGGAGUUCAACUCCGAGCCAGAACAGCAAAUGGAAGAGUUUCUCCCGGCGACCACCGCAGAGCAGCCGGUCAGUGGCAUAACGAACAGUAGUAGCAGUGGAAUCGGCUUCGUCAUCAGCUCGGUCGCAACUGUGGACCAAAAGUUCCUCGAAGAUCUCGCCCAAAUGGAACUGCAGGCCCGCUCACCCGAGCUGGAGGAGAUUGGGCCGGCCGACGAGCUGCCGGAAAUGUCCGCCACACCCGCGACAGGGCUCGGUAGCUUUGGCAAUCCGCUCACCUCAACGACGUGCACGCUGUGCGGCAAAAGCUUCAGCGAACCGUUUGGUCUCCGCCAGCAUAUGCGCAUAAUGCACGCCGACACGAAACCAUUCAAAUGUCCGGAGUGUCGCAAACGGUUCGCCAAAGAGCAGGCCAUGCUGAUACAUCUGCGCGUGCACAUCAGCAAUCGGCCGUUCAUGUGCAUCGUGUGCUACAAAACGUUCACCCGGGCCACGGCACUGAACGGUCACCUGUCGUCGCAUUCGCACGAUUCGCUCAAAUGCUUCGCCUGCCUGGAGAUGCUGCCGAACGUGCAGAAGUACGCGCAGCACAUCGAGCUGAAUCAUCCCGAGUUUCCGGAGGUGCUGUACCGCAUACGGGCGGAAAAGCCGGAACACGAGCGAACGAAGCUGCUGAGGAGGCUGCUGCUCCAGCACCAAGCAGCUCCAUCGUCCAUCGGCCGUGAAGCGACAUCACAUACCAACCAGUAG